UUCUUAUUUAAGACUUUAUAUCUGGUGAAAAUGGUACCGAGAAUUUCUUUCGAAUGACGUAGAAUAAACAAAAUCGAUGGAAAUAUAAGUAAAAACUUUUUUACUAAUAUAGUAAUAUGCGUUCCAAUCUUUGGCCGUGCCAAAUAUAGUUUUAUUCGGUAUUGUUUAGUUAAACCGGUAAGAUGCUUAGCAAUAUUGUGUUUGUGUUUUGUUUAAUAACCGUUGGUUACAGUGAGGAUUCCAGCGGCACCAAAUGUAUUCCACUAAAAGAUUGUCCGUAUGCAAUGAAUAUGGUUCAUACUGAAAAAUAUGCCUCAACAACAAUUGAAUUUUUAAAGAAAUCUGAUUGCGGAUAUUCUACAACAGAUGGUCCUCUUGUUCAAUGUCCAGCAGAAACUCCUUUGACGCCGAACCAGCAAUCUGACAGCUUUGAUUGUACAACAAGUACGGGUAAAAAAGGUAAAUGCAAGGACGUCAACGAUUGUAACACUAUUCGUAAUAUAUUUGUCACAAUAAAAGAUUUCGAAGUUUGUAAGCAAUCAAACGACAAGGAAGACAUCGAAAUGAAAAUUUGCUGCUUUAAACCAGAACAUCGAGGUUUCGAUGUACAACCACCAAAAGGUUACUCUCCACAGUUAAUACCUAUUGAAGAAUCCACACUCCAAGAAUUUAUUGAGCCAGCAUCAGUAGAAAUUGUUUCAAAUGAUUUGAAUCAGCACGACACUAGCACGGAUCAUCCAAAUAUUCAGUCAACGAGUACAGCUUCUCACGAGAUGAGACUACAAGAUACGCAGACGGUUUAUCAAAACUUUAUAAACGAUUUGAAUCAGAAGGUGGGAGAAUCGGAUAACUUGAACUUUGCAAUUAUUGAUGAAGCUAAAAAAUCUACUCCAGUUAAUUCGAUAUCUGCAAAAACCCCAAAAGGCGAUGUCAAUUUUGAAAAUGGUUCAAAUAAUUUAAAUAAGUUAGUGCCCCAAAAACCAGUAACAAGGCAAUCGAAAGGUUCUUUUUCAAAUUUUUCUGAUAAAAUAAAUCAGAAAAGAUCUGAGAAUAAAAAACCGGUGAGAGACUCACCAACAAUGGUGUUUCCUGAAGACUCUCUAGAAGAGAAAAUGAAACCCAAACCAGAAAUAUUAAAAUCGUCAGUAGUAAAGAAAAAAAGUCGACCAAAUAAACAUACCACAACUAGAAUUUUGCAUUCCGUCAUUCAACCUUUCUUUACUAAUCUUAAAAUUUCAAAACGAGUAAAACGCGAACUAAAAAAUGAGCUUGUAAUGUCGGUUAGAUUAGUUAAGAAACCCCAAUCUGCGAAGUUACGACCUCUUACUCAUACCCCAGAAAAUUCAGAAAACUCUCAAGAAGCAGUAAGUAGAAACAGAGGCAAAGAAGAUUCAAUAGUUCGUCGUAAAAUGAUCGAUAAAUCUAGGAAUCUAGAAGCGCAUAAAAUAGUUCCACAGCAUGCCAAAUUGAGACCUUCUACUCUUACAGAAGAACACUUAGAAGCUGAAACAGAUAGAUUAAGUUCAAAUGGAAGCUACGGACAUCCAUUAACUAGAGUAAGAAUAUCAGAUAAAUUCAGGAAGUUAAAACCACGUAAAAUAGUUCCCCAAUAUGCAAAAUUGAGACCUUUGACUCUUGUAAAAGAAAACGCAAAACUUGUUAAAGAUACAGAAAAUCUAAAUGGAAGUAAUCGAUAUUCAAUAGCAGAUAAAUUUAAGGAUUUAUGGAUCCAUAAAAUAGUUCCACAACUUGCCAAAUUAAAGCCUUUAACUCUAACACCAGAAAACUCAGAGGUUAGAGAAGUUGUUAAAGGUAUAGUACGUCCAAAUGGGAGCAUUGAACAUUUAAUAGCUGGUAGAGCCAGCACAGAUACAGCUACGAAUUUAGGAGGACAUAAAAUAGUUUCACAACAUGCCAAAUUAAGGUAUUUGACUCUUACAUCAGAUAACUCAGAAAUUAUUAAACAUGCAAUAAGUGCAAAUGGAAGUAACGAAUAUUCAACAGUUCAUGAAGAAAAGCCAGAUACAGCUAUCAACUUGGAAUCCUAUAAAAAUGAUCAACAACAAGGCAAAUUAAGACCUUUGACUCUUACAGCUGAGAACUCUGAAAUUGUUAAAGAUACAGUAAGUUCCAAUGGAAGCAAUACAAAUUCAAUCGUUAGUCGAGAAAGCUCAAAUGAAGCCAUACAUGUAGAUCCACAAAGUAGUGUUCCUCAACAAGGAAAAUUAAGACCUUUGACUCUUACAGCAAAUACAUCUGAAAAUAAUAAAGAUACAGUAAGUUCAAAUGAGAAUAACGAAUAUUCAAUAGUUCACCGAGAAAAUCUAGAUGGAGCCAUAAAUUUAGAAUUACGUAAAAGUGAUCACUUACAAGAUAAAUUGAGACCUUUGACUCUUACAGCAGAAAACUCAGGUAUUGUUAAAGGUAUAGUAAGUCCAAAUGAAAGGAUAGAAAAUACAACAGAUCUUAAUAAAAGCUUAGAUGCAGCAAUAUAUUUAGAUUUAAAUGAUAGUGUUUCCAAACAAGCAAAAUUAAGAACUUUGAGCCUUACACCUAAAAACUCUGAAAUUGUAGGUUCAAAUAGAAAUCAUAAACAGUUUAUAGAUAUUGAUAAAAAGGUAGGUAAAGCCAUGAGUUUACUACCACAUAAAAGUGUUCCCCAGUCAGCAAAAUUAAGACCUUUGAGUCCUGAAAACUCUGAUAUUGUUAAAGAUGCAGUAGGUUCAAAUAGAAAUAAUGAACAUUCUAUAGAUAUUGUAGAAAAAUCAGGUGCAGCCAUGAAUUUAGUACCACAUAAAAGUGAUCUCCAACAAGCAAAAUUGAGACCUUUGAGCCUUACAUCUAAAAAUUCAGAUAUUAUUAAAGAUUCAAUAAUUCAAAAUGGAAGUAACAAACAUGCAACAGUUCUUAGAGAAAUAUCCGAUGCAGUUAUGAAUUUAGAACUACAUAAAAUUGAUCCUCAGCAAGCCAAAUUGAGAUCUUUGACUCUUACACCUAAAAAUGCUGAUAGAAUUAAAGACUCACUAAGUCCAAAUGGAAGUAAUGAAGAUGUAACAGUUCUUAGAGAAAAACAUGAUGCAGUCAUGAAUUUAGAACUACAGAAAAUUGAUCCCCAGCAAGUCAAAUUGAGACCUUUGAUUCUUACACCUAAAAAUUCUGAUAUUAUUAAAGAUACAAUAAGUUCAAAUGGAAGUAAUGAAGAUGCAACAGUUCUUAGAGAAAAACAUGAUGCAGUCAUAAAUUUAGAACUACAGAAAAUUGAUCCCCAGCAAGUCAAAUUGAGACCUUUGACUCUUACACCUAAAAAUUCUAAUAUUAUUAAAGAUACAGUAAGUCCAAACGGAAGUAAUGAACAUUUAAUAGUUUUUCGAGAAAAGUCAGAUACAGCCAAGAAUGUCCAAGCACACAAAAUAGAUCCAGAGUAUGCCAAAUUAAGGCCUCUGACUCUUUCACCAGAAAAUUCUGAAAUUACUGAUAGUAAAAUGACAAAAAUGUCAAGGCAUCGAAGAGCAAUUCGAAAUGAUAAAGGAAAAUAUUCAAGAAACCUUGACUUUGAUUAUUACGAUAAAAAUAAUUUUCACAAAAGGUAUUUUUACCCAAAACACGAGAACAAAGAAAUUGUACGGCCGCCACAUUCUUAUUGGUCUGAAGAACCAUCUAGAGACUUCUACAAACCACCUUCCCAUCGAAGACCAUAUUUUCCAUCGAGAAAUUUUUACGAUGGUGAUGAUGUAGAAAUGAUUAAUGAGUCGGAUUUUCCUCCAACCAACAGACCCAGGUUUAGUGGAUCGCCUAGAGACGAUAUAUUUGGUUGUGGAAGGACAGGCAGAAGGGAUAGAAAUAGAAUAAUUGGAGGUAUUCCCGUAGCUUUGGGUGAAUACCCGUGGAUGGCUUUGCUUCAAUAUUCAACUAAUAAAGGAAUCAAAAAUGGGUGUGGAGGGUCUUUAAUUAAUUCGAGGUAUAUCUUAACAGCUGCUCAUUGUGUUGAUGAUGAAUUUUUAAAAUUAAAAAAAAUAAAAUUGUUCCGAGUAAUUUUAGGAGAAUUCGACAUAAGUAGAGAUCCAGAUUGUAUAUCAUCACCUGAGUCAACAGUAUGUGCUGAACCAUCGAGAGUUUAUGGAAUUUCUAAUACAAUAAAACAUCAAAAUUUUGACCGAUUUAAUGCCAUAAAUGAUAUAGCGUUGAUACAAUUAGACAGAGAUGUAAUAUUUUCUGAUUAUAUCAAACCAAUUUGUCUGCCGCCUAGUAAUUUUAAUCAUAAUAAUGAAUCUGUAAUUAUAGCUGGCUGGGGAAGAACUAAAGUUGGAGGAACAUAUAGCGAAGUUCUGAACAAAGCAAUACUUCCAAUAGUGGACCAAGAAUUUUGCAAUCGACUAGGUCUCACGUUAACUAGUGGACAAAUUUGUCUAGGCCUUGGUGACGGAUUAGAUACAUGUAAUGGGGAUUCUGGUGGUGCGAUAAUGGUACAAAAGAUGGAAAAUGUUGAGCUGGUUACGUACCAAUAUGGAAUUAUUUCUUAUGGGUUUGCUUCGAAGGAGUGUGGAAAAGCACCAUCAGUGAAUACUUUUGUUCCGAAUUAUCUUAAAUGGAUAUAUAGCAUACUUUCCAGUACAGACUAGUGAGGAUUGUAGUAGUU